AAAUGCAUUAAAAAUUGACAUAAAAUGUGGAAAUAGAAAAGAGAAUAGUGCAAAAACCUAAAAAAAAUUAAAAGUUUUUUGCCUAAGAAAGUGUAAAUAAAUAAUAAAGUAAAGUUUUUAAGUGAUUUGGUGUGCAAUUAGGAUAAUAAAACCUUCAAAAUGAUCAUAAGGAUUAUACUAAUAUUAACAGUAAUCAUUACAUCUAUCGCUUUGUCACUUGGUCAAUCAUCAAACAAAGAAAAUGAUGGACAUUGUAUAUGGCGCGGAGUUUGCUACAAUGAUGGUUCAAAAAAGAAAAAUUGUGCCUACAAUGGAACUGCACUUCCAUUGGAUUCAACGGGAGUUGACGCUCUAAUGCAAUGGUGCUCGCAUAUGCUGCCUAAAGAUAAAGCAGAUAAUGUGUUAACGUGCUGUGAUAAUGAACAGUUGAUUGAGUUCAAUAAUCAAAUUAAGCUAGCUUCUGGCAUUCUUAACCGCUGUCCAUCAUGUAUGAAUAACUUUGUCAGACAUAUUUGUGAGUUUAGUUGCAGUUCACAUCAAUCGGACUUUAUAAAAGUGAAGAAAACUGAAUUCAAUCCAGACAAUGAGAAUAAAGAAUAUAUUGAUGAGAUUGACAUCUAUAUCGCCGACGAGUAUUUUAGUGGAGCAUAUGAUUCAUGCAAGCAUGUGAUAUAUCCAUCAACAGGACAGCUAGCGCUAGACUUGAUGUGUGGUGAAUAUGGUGCUGCUAAAUGUUCCCCAGCUAGAUGGUUUGGUUCAAUGGGUGAUUCAAAUAAUCCUUUUGUUCCAUUCCAAAUUAAUUAUUUGCCACAAAAUUCUUCAAGUCGUGAUGAUGAAAUUAAGCCAUUAAAUCCAAAGGUCAUACCAUGCAAUCAGCAGGUUGAUAGAUAUGAUGGAAAAGGGAAGUUGCCGCCAUGUUCAUGUGUCGAUUGUCAAUCGUCAUGCCCGAUACCUCCAAAACCAGAACCCAUUCCACAGAAAUUUGUUAUUUGGGGUUUGGAUGGAUAUGCUGUGAUUAUGUUUUUCAUCUUCUUAUUGGGAAGUUUAAUAUUUAUAAUGGGUGCAGGAUGUUGCUCAACAUCCGAAUCGGAGGUGUCGGUGGAAUCAUAUUUACAUGAGCAGAUUGGAAGACGAUUGGCCGAAGAUAGAUUAUCGUCAUCUGGUGAUAUUGCGACUGAUCGUGAAGAUUCUCCAUUGCAGAGCAAACGUUCGAGUAUGUCAAGUCAAUCAUAUGAUAAUGAUCAGGAAUUGAGAACACAUCCGUCGGCAAUUAUUGAUAAUGAACUUGAGGAAGAAAGCGGAUAUUUCGAAAAGCUCGGCGCAAAAACAGAACAUUUUCUCGAACAAUUUUUCACUGUGUGGGGUACAUGGUGUGCAAAUAAUCCAUGGAAUGUUUUAUUACUAGGUUGCAUUUUCAUUAUAUCCUUGGGCUAUGGCCUUCGAUUUCUGCAUGUUACUACAAAUCCCGUUGAAUUAUGGGCUUCGCCUCAUUCACGAUCGCGUAUUGAGCGAGAUUAUUUUGAUACACAUUUUGGGCCAUUUUACCGUAUCGAGCAAAUUAUCAUAACAUCAAAAAAUAUCAAGCCACUCGUUCAUCAAACAUCAAGUGGAGUUGUCACCUUUGGCCCUGUCUUUAAUGAGACAUUCUUAAUGAAAGUUCAUGAGCUACAAGAAUCAAUUAAGGAGAUUGAUGGAGGCUCGCUCAAAAAUAUUUGUUUUGCUCCACUCAGAUCGCCAUACUUGGACGAAGAAAUUGAUGUGUCACAAUGUGUCGUUCAGAGUGUUUGGGGCUACUUCCAGGAUUCCAUAGAGACAUUCGAAGAAACAUCUGAUGAUCCUGAUGGAUUUGUUGAAAAUUAUUUGGAUAGAUUCCUUAAAUGCUUUAAUAAUCCUUAUGACACUGACUGUUUAGCUCCGUACGGUGGCAUUAUUGAUCCGGCUGUUGCACUUGGUGGAUUUUUAAAGCCUGGCGAUACAUUAUCAAAGAAUCCACAUUAUGAAAAUGCGACAUCAGUUAUUCUUACAUUCCUUGUUAAUAAUCAUUAUAACGUAUCAGAAUUGACAGAUGCUUUACUUUGGGAAGAGAAAUAUGUAGCAUUAAUGAAGAAUUGGACAUCAGAUGGAAAUACAACAAAGUAUCUUGAUAUAGCAUUUACAUCAGAGCGCUCAAUUGAAGAUGAAUUAAAUCGUGAAUCAAAAUCAGAUAUUUUUACAAUACUCGUGUCAUACCUCCUCAUGUUUGCAUAUAUAGCAAUCUCUUUGGGACAUGUUGAUGAAUGUGAUCGAGCCAUGAUUGAUAGUAAAAUAACAUUAGGAAUUGGUGGUGUUAUAAUUGUUCUUGCAUCCGUCGUUGCGUCUGGUGGAUUUUUCGGAUAUAUGGGCGUACCUGCAACUCUCAUCAUCUUUGAAGUUAUACCAUUUUUAGUUCUUGCCGUUGGCGUAGACAAUAUAUUUAUUUUGGUACAAACUCAUCAGCGUGACGUUAAACGACCUAACGAAACAAAUGCAGAACAUAUUGGAAGAACUCUUGGCAAAGUUGGUCCUUCAAUUCUCCUCUCAUCAAUUAGUGAAUCCACAUGCUUCUUUCUCGGUGGAUUGUCUGAUAUGCCUGCUGUGAAGGCUUUUGCAUUAUAUGCUGGUAUGGCACUCUUCUUCGAUUUUCUGCUACAAAUAACAUGCUUUGUGAGUUUAUUAGCAUUGGACACAGCACGGCAAUCGGAAAAUCGAUGGGAUGUUUUAUGCUUCUUGCGUGGAUCGAAAAAAGAUUCAGGACAUUCGACACAAGUAAAGGAAACUGUACUUUAUAAAUUCUUCAAAGUCAUUUACGUGCCUUUUCUAAUGAAAAAAGUCGUAAGGAUGUUUGUCAUGGUAUUCUUCUUCGGAUGGCUAUGCUCAAGUAUUGCUGUCGCUCCACACAUACCAAUUGGACUUGAACAAGAGCUGUCAAUGCCAAAGGAUUCAUUCGUGCUUAAAUAUUUCCAGUAUUUGCAAAGCUAUCUCUCCAUUGGACCUCCAGCGUAUUUUGUCGUUAAGAAUGGCUUAAAUUAUUCAAAUUCGCUUGAUCAAAAUCUAAUAUGCGGUGGACCUUAUUGUAAUUCCGACAGUUUAUCAACGCAACUUUAUAUCUCUUCGAAAAUACCCGAAUCAACCUUUAUCGCAAGACCUUCAAGUAGUUGGAUCGAUGACUACUUUGACUGGUCUCAACUGGAAGCAUGCUGCAAACAAAGAGAUGGUGAUUUCUGUCCGCAUGGAGACUAUGAAUGUCAAUCUUGUAACAUAACUCUAAACAAUAUGACUCGUCCAAUACCAAGUCAGUUCGAUAAAUAUGUCAGCUUCUUCCUUGAAGAUAAUCCCGAUUCAUCAUGCGCAAAGGGCGGACAUGCAGCAUAUGGAGCUGCCGUUAAUUUACAGAAGACAAAUCGAUCGCAGGCAGUUGGUGCGAGCUGUUUUAUGACGUAUCAUACGAUAUUAAAAUCCUCAUCUGACUAUUUUGAAGCAUUAAGAUCAGCACGAAAAAUUUCUGACAAUAUAACGAAAACAAUACAUGCAUCAUUGAGGUUGUCAGGACGACCGGAAUCAGAAAUACAAAAUGUUGAAGUUUUCCCAUACUCAGUCUUUUAUGUUUUCUACGAGCAAUAUUUGACAAUGUGGCCUGAUACAGUUAAAAGUAUGGGAAUUUCCGUUCUAUCAAUUUUCCUCGUUACAUUCCUACUUAUGGGAUUUGAUAUACACUCAUCAAUUGUCGUUGUCAUUACAAUUACAAUGAUUGUAAUCAAUAUUGGUGGACUAAUGUUUUAUUGGAAUAUAUCAUUGAAUGCCGUCUCACUGGUUAAUCUCGUUAUGGCAGUAGGAAUUUCAGUUGAAUUUUGUUCACAUCUCGUACACAGUUUUAGUGUGUCUGUAGAAGAUACUAAAGUAAAGAGGUCAGCAGAUUCCCUCACAAAAAUGGGAAGUUCAAUAUUCUCCGGAAUUACACUGACGAAAUUUGCUGGAAUUCUCGUACUUGGUUUCGCUCAGAGCCAAAUCUUUCAAGUAUUCUAUUUCCGAAUGUAUCUUGGAAUUGUCGUGUUUGGUGCAGCACAUGGAUUGAUCUUCUUGCCUGUCUUACUAUCUUAUAUUGGCGUGAUGCGCCGUAAAUAUCGACGAGAUAACGAUCGAAUCGUCUCCACCACAAACACCAGUAAUAGUUCUAAAGAAGAAAGCAUUGAUGAAGAUAAACCUCUUCUCGUGCAACAACAGCAGCAAUCAGAUCAACAGCCACAUUCCUCCACCUACGGAUCUAUAAACUAGUAACUUUCUUUUCCUAUUUAUAUUUAAACUGAGAAAUCCUUUCGUUCUUAACGAAAAUGAAAUCAUAUUUUUUUAUAAACGAAUUGUAAGAGACAGGGAAUCGUACUCAUCAAAACUAUAUAAAUAAUAAUAAAUACAGAGAUAUAGAGAAGCUUGUUGUUGCAGCUUCAAACAUACGUAUAAAGUACAUAGAGGGAAAUCACGAAAUUUAGGAAUAAAAGGAUCGUGUUGACAUGAAAAGGUAUGGCAAUCGAGGGGUUUACUAAUCUCUAGCUUGUUCUGAGGAUUUUCUUUAUCUAGAAUUGUAUCGACAAAGACUUUUUAUUAUCAAUCCUAAAUAAUCUCGAAUAGUUCUGUUAAUUCUCAGUGUUCGUGUCUAUUCUAAAUCAUUGAGGAUUUCUUUUGAAUCUGCUUGGAUGUUUGUGA